AUGUCAGCAUUAGCGCCUGCACUGGAGCAAUUGAAUAUGUCGAACGAAGGCUCCCCUCUCCCUGAUCAAACGGCCCAGAACGGGCCCAGCCAGCCGACCCAGAAGGCUUCCAGCCUCGCAAGCUCGCCGCCCACCACUCCCAUCUUCCCUCCUCCCGAUUGUCAAGCCCCCUCCCACACUCUCCGCCCCAUGCAUCCACCCACCUUCCUCACCGCAUCCCUUCUGACAAUCUACGUCCGCUCGAUCCAGCGCCCUCCCGUGCCACUCCAAGUCCACCUCGCGUUCGACGCCAUCUCUGCCCGUCUCACCGGCUCCAACGAACGCAAGUGGCGCAUCCAGUACAUGACCGAGAAGAACACCUGGCCUGGGAUCGGCGAGCGGUGCACCGUGAGGCUGAUCGUGUGGCCUUGGUCGGCACCUGGAGAAGAGCCGAGGUGGGCGGCGGAGGCGAUGCUGCAUUUCUUGCUGGGGAAGGAGGAGGGGCGGUUGGAGAAUGUCGCGUGGAGGUUUGGGCCGAGGGCGGGCGGAGUAGAGGAGCGAUGGGACGAUUGGAGGAUGUUUCAUUUUGAAAAGUACUACGGGGUGGCAGAGGAUAGUACGCUGUCGGGCUCGGGAGGACCGUGGGAGUUGGUCCGGAUCGGGCUGAAGAGGGGCAGGGAGUCGAUGAUGGCGGAGACGGUGGUGAACCUUGUAUGGAGGGGAGUGAAGCAGGCGCUCGGGAAGCCGUUCGAGCCGGACCAAGCUCAGCUGGGGGUGAUGCUCCGCCGAGUGGCCGAGCGUCUCGGCGAGAAGGACACGGCGGUAGGGGCGUUGGUUGUCGGUCAGCGGUUCAGAAAGUCGCUCAAGAAGGAGCAGUACAUCCCUGCAGCGUGUGUGCAGGUGUAUACGCGAGUGCCGGACGUGUUGGGGAAGAUCAUGGAGGAUGAAGAAGAGGAGGAGGGGAGGCUGGGCACAUUGAAUGCUCCGGGGGCAGCAGGAGAGGUGGUGGCGGUCAUCAUGAUUGAUGUGUGGGGAAACGGCAAGAUGAAGCUCAUGGGUGUCAUGUACCCCGACGAGAAGCCUGUGGCGCACUUUUAUCGGUCGCGGUUCCCUCCUCCUGAUCCGACCAGUAUUCGGCAGGCGGUCAAGGACGUCAGAGCUGGGCGGGCAGGUCUGACGCAUGAGGGGGAAUCAGCGGGAUCAGCGGGAGGGGUCAAAGCAGCCCCGCCGCAGAGCGAGUGA